CUUUUGGUCCCUCCCGCUCGCCGUUCCUCUGGUCCCGCCCACUCCGCCUCCGGGUUGUCAGGGCAACCGUAGCGACGCCGGCCCUGGAAGAGAGGAAUUGGGAGCUCGGGGGCUCACCCGCGGGGGUCCGGGAGCAGCUGGCCAUGGAGCCCCAGAAAAUCAUGCCAUCCUCAAGGCCUCAUCCACCUGUUGUGGGCAAAGUGACUCAUCACAGCAUUGAAUUAUACUGGGAUCUGGAAAAGAAAGCCAAACGCCGAGGACCCCAGGAGCAGUGGUGUAGGUUCUCGAUUGAAGAAGAAGACCCCAAAAUGCACACUUAUGGUAUCAUUUAUACGGGAUAUGCAACGAAGCAUGUUGUUGAAGGUCUGGAACCAAGGACACUAUAUAGAUUUCGCCUGAAGGUCACCAGCCCCUCUGGGGAGUGUGAGUACAGCCCACUCGUCUCAGUGUCUACAACCAGAGAGCCCAUAAGUAGUGAGCACUUUCAUCGGGCUGUCAGUGUGAAUGAUGAAGAUUUGCUUGUCCGAAUACUUCAAGGAGGCCAUGUUAAGGUUGAUGUUCCCAAUAAGUUUGGCUUUACCGCUCUCAUGGUUGCUGCCCAGAAAGGAUACAUCAGGCUUGUGAAAAUCCUAGUUUCUAAUGGCACAGACGUGAAUCUGAAGAAUGGAAGUGGCAAGGACAGUCUAAUGCUGGCGUGCUACGCGGGACACCUAGAUGUUGUGAAAUAUCUCCGGAGACACGGUGCUUCUUGGCAGGCGAGAGACCUGGGAGGCUGUACAGCUCUGCACUGGGCUGCAGACGGAGGCCACUGCAGUGUGAUUGAGUGGAUGAUCGAGGAUGGCUGUGAGGUAGACGUAGUGGACACUGGUUCUGGAUGGACCCCACUCAUGAGAGUCUCUGCAGUGUCGGGAAAUCAGAGGGUGGCCUCUCUUCUAAUUGAGGCUGGGGCCAAUGUGAAUGUGAAGGACAGAAAUGGAAAGACGCCUCUUAUGGUGGCUGUGUUAAAUAAUCAUGAAGAGUUAGUUCAGUUACUUCUUGACAAAGGGGCAGAUGCAAGUAUAACAAAUGAGUUCGGCAAAGGUGUCCUAGAAAUGGCCAGAGUUUUUGACAGACAGAGUGUAGUCUCCUUAUUGGAAGAAAGGAAAAAAAAGCAGAGGCCGGAGAAGUCUUCUGUCUGCUGAUCAGAGCACGACUCAUCUGCGAAAUCCACAUAAAACAAAGUGAAACGUGACUGUUAAUCUAGGGAUGGGAAAUUCUGCAUCUUGGAGCGCUGUACAUUUAUUUAUUUAGUUGAAGAUUCAGUGUUCCGACUUUGAAAUACAUCUUUUUACCUAA